UUAAAGCAUGUAUAUGAGGUGACCGUGCCCUAUAUUAAGACGUCCAUUCAUGUUAGACAGAGAGUAAUAUAACUUUUAAUUAAUUGGAUAAUUUAUACAUGACUCGAUCAAAGACACGGACCCAUUCGAUGCCUAUAAUCAAAAUCGACUCUUACCAGUCAUUUGCGAUCAACACAGCCGAGAUAAGUAUACAUUCUUCCUGUGCUUGUUUGAAGUGGGUACGUGUAGCUAGAAUUGUUGCUGGACGUGUCUGUAGUGGAUUUGUGUAACUAUAGUUGUUGCUGGACUUGUCUGAUGUGGGUUGCUGGACUUGCCUGAGGUGGGUACGAGUAGCUAGGAAUUGUUUCUGAACUUGUCUGAGGUGGGUUCGAGUAGCUAGAAUUGCUGCUGGGCUUGUCUGGGCUGGGUUCGAGUAGCUAGAAUUGUUGCUGGACUUGUCCGAGGUGGGUUAGAGUAGCUAGAAUUGCGGCUGGACUUGUCGGAGGUGGGUUCGAGUAGCUAGAAUUGUUUCUAGACUUGUCAGAGGUGGGUUCGAGUAGCUGGAGUUUUUGCUGAACUUGACUGGGGUGGGUUUGUGUAGCUAGAGUUGUUGCUGAACUUGUCUGAGGUGGGUUCGAGUAGCUAGAAUUGUUGCUGGACCUGUCUGAGGUGGGUUCGAGUAGCUAGAAUUGUUGCUGGAUUUGUCGGGGUGGGUUCGAGUAGCUAGAAUUGUUGCUGGACUUGUCGGAGGUGAGUUCGAGUAGCUGGAGUUCUUGCUGGUAUUUCCUGAAGUGGACCAGCGUGACAAUCUCGGCCGACUGUCUUACAUACCUACUGUAUGUUCUAUGGUUUGAUGAACAGUCAACAGCAUGGCCGAGAACGUUGACAAUAUAGAAUGGUGUGAUGACGUCACUACACUGGAGGAAUUAGGGGACCAUGCUACAUUCCCCUGUGUCGUCAAGGUUACCGAGGGAUUCUACAGCCACCAGGACGUCAGUACUUUCUCAUGCGGGGAUCUUCUGAAAAUUGAUAGUUUGGAAACUAUUGAAAAGGUAAAAACUAAUUUUGUUCGUUUGAGCUCUUGUUCGAGCACAAAACAGAGUAGCUCCGAGAAGAGUCAGAGUUUGGAUCAUCGAAGGACUUCACGUAGAUCUGUGUAUAGAUCAAUACCUGGAGAAUUCAGCAUCCCGCUCUCUUACAGAGGUGCAGUUAAAAUUCUCCCAGCUAAUGGAGUACAAUACGUAUACUCAAAUAUCACAGAUGUUAUGGAAGAUCGACCGCGAUAUCUUCAUGUGCAAGAAGCUGUGAGCUUUAAAGGAAGGGAUUCCGUUGUUAAUCUAAAACAUGGCGACAUACUUAAAAGUCUUCCCGUAACCACUGAUCAGAAAGCAUCGCCUCGGUACCUAAGAUGUUUACAUAACUUGAACGAUAUCAUUCACAUUCCUUCAACUCUAAAGGGACAAUUUCAAGUUUUACCAGACGAAGAUGAGUAUAGUUUACAAGAAGUCAUUGACAGGUUCCCAUUGCCACAGAUAGUUCAAUUCGGGGAGACACUUUCCAGAGAAGUUGUGUCCGAUGAUAUAUUGGAAGCGUUUGGCAACCUGGAUUCUUUUGAAGGGAAAAUGUGCUUAAAUCAUGUAUACUCUGAAGACGUCCUUGUGGGCCACUACAAAGCCCUGGAAGAGAAUCAAGAUAAGAGUGAAAGUAAAUUUAUCAAAAGAUCCGCUUUUGUUCUUCCCCUAAGCAAUCCCGAGUUAAGUGAAGUUUCCGUUCAGUAUCCGAUGUAUAUGGACUCCUCGAAUUAUAACUUUUUUGUUGCCAGGAACUUUUCACAUACCCCCAAAGGAAGUGAAGUUAUGGACGGCUCGCUGUAUGUUGAGUUCACGAAGAAAGCCCAAGUGCGAUUUGCUUUAGAGGGUAAAGAGAAAUGCCCUCCACCACGUCCACCGAGAAAGAAGACCAAGCCCGUGGCAACGGUUUCUGCAGUUAAAAGAGCGCCUCAACCAGAUCCUGUCAUCUCUAUGCCGUCCAUACCCCCACCAAGAAAAGAAGUUACAAAGCCCAACACCAGAGACGACAAGGUUCAAUGGACUAUUGGACCCCUUUACAAAAAUACGUCAACCUUGACAUCAUCAGUUAAAACGAAAGCAGAUCAAAAUAGAGAUGAUGAUGAUGAUGAUGAUGAUGACGAAGAGGUGGGUGAAUAUGUUGAGAUUGAUGAUUUGGAUUUAAAACCUAAAUCCUCCACAACCACAACUGGUGAUCAAAAACCAGUAAAACCAUUUUCUGACCUCACGGUCGAGGAAUUAAAGGACGUGUUUAAACUAUGUAAACUGUCGAGUUUAGCGAAGAUUUGUGGGAAGGAAGCUUACGAUGGGAAAAUGUUCUCUGUUUUUUCGAAGGAAAAUCUGAGGUCGAAACCCUUCCGUCUAAAAUCGACCGAUCUGAUUAAAUUGGAUCGUAUAAAACAGGGCUGGAGACCAAGCCAUACGAAAUGAAACAGCAUUGGACUUCCCACGUGUCAUCAGUGACAGAGGUGUGGACUAGUAAUUGCUUCUCCAGAUUUCAUGAUAGUUGAACGUUGACCGUUGUUUAUCAGGCAUUCUCUCUUUUCCCGCCUUCUGUCCUUUUUGGUCUGAAAUCGAAGAAGAAGGUUGUUAGAAUUGGCAUUGUCUGUCGGGUUUUAGUGAAUACUUCUGAAACAAAAUAGCAUUGGGCUUACCAUGCAGUGACAGGGGUGUGGAUUGGGUUUACAAUGCAGUGACAGGGGUGUGGACUGGGCUUACCAUGCA